AUGAAACCUCGGGAAGAUAUUUUUACAGAAUCAACUUUGGAUAUUCUUGUUCCAAGUGGCAUUAUAAAUUGUAUUGAAGAAGAAGUUGAAAACAUUUUUAUUGCGAAGCCCAGAGAUCAGGCAUUUUAUGAUUCAGGAAUUAAUGAUAAAGAAAAUGCUACAACAUUUUUUCAACAAUUUGAGAUAUUCGUUGAAGCAUCAAUUAUUGAUCCUAAUACGUUAUCAACUCCUACACCCGCACCACCUGCAGUAUAUCGUUUACCACCUAGUAGAUCUCAUGGAAGUUCAGCUGCCACUUCACCUUCAUCACCUAGUACACCUUUACCACCACCUAUGGAUAAAAGACCAACUAAACAAUUAGAGGGAACAGUAAUUUUUUCAUAUUUAUAUAACCCAAAUUCUAAUGAUCGCCAAAUGGUGGUAAUUGAGAGAAAUGGAUCUUGGUCAUGUAUUAUUCCACUUGCAAUUCCUGUAGCAUAUGUAAAAACACGAGCUCAAACUCCAGCAUUAGCACUUAAUUCUGUGGAAAAUUUUGGAAUGAUGAAUUUAUUAGAAGGUCUUAGUGUUGAUCCAUCAUUCGAAUCAUCAUCAUCAAGUCUGUUGCUUCCAACUUCACGUAUUUUUAAUUCAGAACAAAAACGUUUAAUGAUAUCAAUCGCAAAUAAUCCACCGUUAGUACGUAAAUUUCGUAAAAUUUUAUCAGUUAAAUCAGCACUUAAUGUAAGAAUGCGCACUACUAGUGUUUCUCCUUUGGAUCAUGUAUUAAUGAUGUCCGUCGAAUUAGAGAAUAAUACUGAUGCCGGUAGUUCGUUUUCUGUUGAAGCUGUUAAAGUGGAAAUUGCUCAUGGUUUUGUUACAAGAUUUGAUUGGGAACCAACAAAUAAAAAAGAUAAAUUCCCUUUAACACUUAAUCCAGUAGAUCAAGUAACAUUUUUAUAUAGUAUAACAAUUUUAGAUGAUCCAACAUUUCCCAAAGUUGUUCCCCAGUUUAGUCCUAAUACACGUCAUCAAAAUUCACGUCCAUCAUCUCGUCGUACUUCUGUAUCUUCUGUAUUUUCAAUUACUUCUUAUAAUACACCAAUUACUGAAGAACGUCAACGACACGUUUCAAUUGUGGCUAAAGGAUCGCCUAUCAUUAAUGGGGUGAAAAAUAGAAGUAUUGAAUCACGUUGGAAUUGUAUGCUUGAUUUGAGUAAUUUACGAAGACGUGAGGAUUCUUUUCCUUUACCGAUACCAAAUCAUAACAAUACUAACCGGAAUUUCUAUCCGGCAGCAGAUGUAAAUCCUCGUUUCGGUGGUAAUAAAAGACCAUCUAUACUUGAUCACGAUUCUAUGGGAAAUGGAAUUUUAUCCGGUGGUAGAGCUCCCAGACCUAUGGAAAUGGAAAUUGGAGAUGGAUUAGUUCUAAAGUUAUUGUUGGUAAACACUUUACAAUACAUGUUUACUUUGUUAAUCGAUCAAAACACGCAAGAAGGUUUACUGUUGUGGUUCCAAAUAAAAAACGUCCGAAUGAUAGCAAUCAAAAGUAUACCUAUUCCAGAAAUAAAAUUACAAAAUACGGAACUCAUGUUAAAUGGUAAUCAACAAAAUCAACUUGAACCAUUUACGGAAGAAGCAGAUUUUAUAAAGAAAUAUUUUGAAAAUGAAACACCAGAUGCUGAUAUUGUUUGUUUAGAAAAUAAUGUUAGAAUUGGGUAA